AUAACGUUCUAUCCGCAGGCCUAUCUUUCGUUCUGUCCCCCCUACCCCAUCCUACAUAUAUAGUCCCCAAUUAAACCGCGGUGACAUUCUCGAACAUGGCUUCAAUUGGCUUCUUCAAGAUGAAUACGAGCAUGGAAGUUAUUACAACUAUCGCCACCUACGGGCAUGAUAUCAACAUUGUCCGACAGGCAGUGGAAAUGUACAUUGUGGCCAAAAAGAAAAAGGGUUGCUCUGAACAGCACAUACAUGAAAAAUUAGAAAAAUUGGAGCUCAAGUUCAUGCACAUAGAGGCAUUGCAUCCCGCUUGGAGAGACGCUCGGGCGUUAUUCCAGCUUCGCAGAUCUGAUCACAUCCCCAUGCCCAUGUCCAUUGUUCGCGAGCGUGAAAACGAGCAGCAGCGCCAAUUGGAGUGGGAGUCGUCCUCAGUGGCACUGUCGAGCCCAAUUGCUUCUCCGGCAUCAAAUUGCUCAUCGUCUUCGGCAUCCACUUAUACAUCGUCUUCAGCAUCUACUUAUACAUUGUCUUCAGCAUCCACUUACACAACAUCAACUCGUCCUUCAUCAGUGCCAUCUAUUGCAUCAGUGACUUCUAACUCGUUAUCACCUCUCAGCUGGGGUAGUACGAGCAAGCAAGGUCUACCAGGACAUCAUGCCCCAUCUCAUGCUCGUCCUUCAUCAGUGCCGUCUAUCGCAUCAGUGCUACCGACUUCGAACUCGCCACCAUCUCCCAGCUGGGGUAGUACAAGCAAACAAGACCUACCAGGACAUUACACCCCAUCCCGUCGCGAUACAGCACUGUCUGUACUCUCCCAGUAUAGUGACGACUCGGAGCCCGAUGACCAAGUGUUCAUCUCGCCGUCAGGCAAUCCGCAGAAUUAGCAUGGGAGGUCCGGUAUCCACGACCUCUUUUAACUUAUUAUCCCGUUGCGCGUAAUAUUUCUAUCUCCUGUGUGUUCUUCCUUUCGGAACGAUAUGGUGUAUUUCUACGCAUCCCGGAGCCUCGUCAUCAUAUGCUUUUACCAGUCCCACUCUUCAUACAUCCU